AUGCGACGCACCUGGAGGUUUUCUACGUGUGUUUUGGCCUCAACUCUGGCCAUUGCAGUGGCCGCUUAUGCCGAUGCCUGUGCCAAGGAUUCCGACGAUUCCGUUGGAAUGGUUCAGACGGUUCAGACACGUCAGACACGUCAGACACGUCAGACACGUCUUGACAAACAGAAAGCGCGCCCAAACAUCGUGAUUUUCUACCAUCUGUUCAUCGAUGAGAACAAAAACAUUCCCAUUGUCUCAGCGGUGGUCAAGGAGCAGUUGCAACUGAUCCCUGAUCCAAAGAACACAGAAAUUCGGAUCAAUUCCAUUGGUGCUGAGCCAACGAUGUCAAAUUUCAAUUUGUCAUCAGAGCUGGAAAAGCGGGCCAAAAUCAUAGCUCACUAUCCCACAGGAUGGGAAAAUGUGACGCUUCAUGAUCUUUGGUCUUUUUGCCGCAAAAAGGGGACGGACCCGGAUCAGCUCGUGGUCUAUUUGCAUUCCAAAGGUUCCUUUCGCGGUCUUAGCGAUCCUGGGCUUUGGAAAGUGCAAAGUUUCCACCGCGGCUAUGUGACCAGAGGUGCUUUGUCUCAGGAACACCAAGCGAGCAGCUCCUAUGGCGAAGCUCCUCCCUGGGAAUUCAGCAGCGAUUUCGAAAAGGAUUUGCAAAAAGCACCUCGUUUCAACCUGCAAACAUACCGUUGGAGAAGAGGAUAUUGCGUGGGCGUGGGAGAAGCUCUUCCAGAACGACUCCAAGCAUAUCAUAUUCUGUAUGGCAAGGAACCACCAGCAGACUGGUGGGGCUGGAGCUUCUUCGGUGCAGAGCGCCCUGCACGCUGA